CGAAGACCACAGGGCCAUGACAGCGUUGACGAAUAUAGGUGCGAGUACUCUUGACCUUCGAUUGAAUCUCGCAUACUCUACAAAAUAAUAAGUAGAGCCGAGAUUCUGGAGUCUCAUACCAAACUUUUAUUUGAAAUUAAUUUAACUACACUAAAGCCAUGUCCGAAUCGAUUCCAACUCUCACUACGCCUCCGGGCUCGUCUACUCCAUACAAACUCCCUUGCUUUACUGGGGAGCUAUGGACUAUCCCGACCUCAAAGAGUACCAUGCGCCUCCUCGCAACAGCGAAAGAGACAAGCAACGCAUUUGCUGUUGUUGGCACUGGCGGAACGUUUGAUAACCCAAUUGGUUUCCAUUAUCACAGAGAGGCACACGAUGUGUUUCUCUGCUUAAAGGGAACGCUUAACGUUUGGGCGAAUGAUUCUGCGAGAUCUUUGGGUCCAGGAGAUUUUGCAAGCGUGCCACCUAACACAGUCCAUCAAUACCAAAUUGCAUCUGCUCACACUGAGUUCGUGGGGCUUAUAAUCCCCGGUGGUUGGGAAGAAUUUUUCCGCUUCGUCGGCGAGCCCUUUUCAGGGCCUCUUUUCCCCACCCACGAUUCACGCUCCCCAUUCGAAGUCCUCAUCCCCAAACUCAUCGCUGCAACCGAUAAAUUUGAUAUGGUUCCCGUGCGCGAGAAGGCCUCUUUCGACCCACAACCCUGGGAUGGUACGGAAUCCCAACUCCCGGGGGUGUGCGAGAUUGGAGGAUAUUUCCUCAAGGCAGACACCGGUCCAAAAUUCGCUACUGGUGGCACAAUUGUGCGACCUCUUGCCACAAGAAAGGAGUCAGAUGGCAAGUUUUCGAUAUAUUGUGUCGAGGGCUCGAAGUUGCACGAUGGGAAGGGACUCGAGAAGACGACAUUUAAGUUCGAGAAGACGCACCAUGUUAUACAAGUCAUAGAGGGCUUACUGAGCGUUGUUAUUAAUGGGAAGCAAACCAUAGUGGGGAGCAUGGAGACGGUUUUCAUACCAGCUGAGUCGGAAUGGAGGUGUGCGGUCCAUAGCGUAGCUGCGAAGUAUUAUGUUUUCGCGAACGGAGGUGGAAUAGGAGAAGUCCUCACAGGGACAGGAAGUCCAUUUGAGUGGGUGGUUGUGCCGGAAGCUGGAGAUUUGACUGGAUGGGAUGAGAAGCAGCUUGAAGGGUUGCAAAAGGAGCUAGAAUUCGUCAUUUUUUAG